AUCCAGUUUAGUAUAGCAGCCAUGAACUCAAAGCAGUUUCUCAUUCAUCUCGUCUCAAUAUUGUUUAGUAUUGCUUUGGCAGCCAAGGUAACAAUAGCAGUAGAAUCUCAAUCAAUAUCCUUGCCUGGCUGCCCGGACCACUGUGGUGAAAUCAAAGUUCCAUACCCUUUUGGCAUAACCCCAGAGUGUUCCCUCAAUGGAAAUCGAAAAUUUUACCUCAAUUGCACCCAAUCUUCCCUAUAUCUAAAUUCAAGUAACCUUCAAGUUACAAACAUAUCCCUGGAUGGCGAGGUGAGCGUCAUGAACUUUAUAGGCCGAGAUUGUUACAACAAGAAAGGCGUGCGGGAAGAGCACAUCCAAUCCCAGCUCUGGCUCGCAAAUUAUAACGUCUCUUCUGCAAGAAACACAUUCAUAGCCGUCGGCUGUGACACUUACUCGACCGUUAACGGUUAUAGAGGCAAAGAAAACUACGUAAUUGGUUGUGUUUCCUCAUGCAAUGAUAUCGACUAUGAGAGUUUUACUAGUGAUCAUCAGUCUUGCUUGGGCGUGGGGUGUUGCCAGAUUUCCAUCCCAAGUGGUCUCAAGAACAUGACCAUAUCGUUGUCUAGCUACAACAACCACACUUUUGUAUAUGACUUUAACCCCUGCAGCUAUGCUUUCGUGGUUGAACAAGGAAAGUUCAAGUUCUCCAAUACCAGUUUCCAAGAAUUGAAUCGCACAGAAAAGCUUCCGGCUGUUUUAAAUUGGGGGAUUGGGAAGGAGAGCUGUGAUGAAGCAAAGAAGAGAGCCAACUACACAUGCAAAGGGAAUAAUGUCACGUGUGUGGCCGCCAGCAAUGCAGCUGGUUAUCUCUGCCAGUGUUUGCCUGGUUAUGAAGGGAACCCAUACCUACCAGAUGGUUGCCACGGUAAUGGUUCUUAAUUAAUUUCC